CUGAUUUCAUUUUCAAUCACUCUGUUCCGUACACACACAGUCACAUAGUGAGAUCUUCUCAAUUCACUUGGCGAUCUUUCUACUGUGGAUGAUUCUAGAACCUUCGAUUUUUUACCUCACUGAAUGUGUGAUUACAUAUAUAUCUAAAAAUGUCGUGCCAUUAUCGUCUACAUUCAGUAUUUCUGUUGAUUAUCGUGUUCUCCUUGUUACAAAACGUCGUCGUUCACUGUAAAACUCUCAAACGUGACGUGAAAGCAUUGAAUGAAAUUAAGGCAUCUCUUGGAUGGAGAGUGGUAUAUGCGUGGGUUGGUGAUGAUCCUUGUGGAGAAGGCAGUUUGCCCCCAUGGUCCGGUGUUACAUGUACCACACAGGGUGAUUAUAGAGUAGUUACUGAACUGGCAGUUUAUGCUGUUUCCAUUGUUGGCCCAUUUCCUACUGCCGUGACUAACUUAUUGGAUCUUACUCGGCUAGAUCUGCAUAACAACAAGCUGACUGGUCCACUUCCUCCUCAAAUUGGGCGUUUGAGGCGUCUUAAAACAUUAAAUUUAAGGUGGAAUAAGCUCCAAGAUGUCAUUCCUCCUGAAAUUGGUGAAUUAAAGCAGCUAACACAUCUCUACCUGAGUUUUAAUAAUUUUAAAGGCGAAAUCCCCAAGGAGCUUGCUAAUCUUCCAGAGCUGCGUUAUCUCCAUCUGCACGAAAAUCAUUUUACCGGACGAAUUCCACCCGAGUUGGGAACCUUGCAGUACCUUCGGCACGUGGAUGUUGGUAACAAUCGUUUGGUUGGGACUAUUCGGGAACUCAUACGUGUGGAAGGAUGCUUUCCUGCUCUUCGCAACCUUUACUUAAACAGUAAUUAUCUUACUGGAGGCAUUCCAGCGCAGCUUGCAAAUUUGACGAAUUUGGAGAUCUUAUACUUAUCCUACAACAAGAUGGCUGGAAUUAUACCAGCUAGCAUUGCUCAUAUUCCCAAGUUAACUUACUUGUAUCUUGAUCACAAUCAGUUUUCUGGGAGGAUCCCUGAUGCCUUCUACAAACACCCCUUCUUGAAAGAAAUGUACAUUGAAGGAAAUGCAUUCCGGCCUGGUGUAAAUCCAAUCGGCGUGCAUAAAGUUAUAGAACUUUCAGAUUCAGACUUCCUGUUUUAAAUCACUUACACCAAUUAGAUCAGCCAUGAGUAAUCACACGUUAAUUGAAAGAAGCAAAGCAAUUCUUUUAGUAACUAUUCUUUAGUUGUCAGUUGAGUGAAGGUUAUAUUCUUUCGUGCAAAUAAGCAGUAGUCCAAAGCUAUCUGGUGCUCUUGAUUUCUUUUCUGCGAGAGAAUUAGGCGUUUUCGAGCUGAAGAUAGGGUAUAUUCCACGGUUGGUCCUGGUUUCGGAAUUAGAACAAUCUCUGCUUCAUGUUAAAUUGCAAAAUUACUGCAAUAAAAGCACUAGUUAUUGAUUAUAACUUCUAAGUCACUCUAAACCUUGCAACUUUGUACGUUUUGCUGGUUGAAAGUGAUGAUUGGAAAUGUCUUAACUGAACCAUCUUUCUAUUUA